AUAUUAUCAACUACGCCCGGAAAAGAAAUAGACUUUUCGGCUCGUUUCCGUUGUGGACUAUACAGGAAUUGAGUUACUUCAUUCUCGAAUCUCAUCAGUUCUAUGGAAUAUAAAAGCAGCGGAUUUUAUUGAAAGUUAUUGGAUAUAACAAUGACAAGGCAAGUGACGCUGUUUAUCUCUCUGCUCCUGCUCGACUCGGUGAUCGGGCAGGUCAGCUACACUAUUCCCGAGGAAAUGGUCAAAGGAUCUUUAGUAGGUAACAUAGCUCAUGAUUUAGGAUUAGAAACUAAACGUUUUAUCUCUGGUAAAGCUCGAAUUUACACUCGGAGCAGCGGAGAGUACAUCGAGCUGAACAGAGAAAGAGGAGUCCUCCUUGUUAAAGAGAGAAUAGACAGAGAGGCGCUCUGCAAGCAGACGUCGCCGUGUGCUUUGCAUUUUCAGAUCAUUUUAGAAAAUCCUAUGGAAUUUUACACUGUUACAGUUCAGAUCACAGAUAUCAACGAUAAUGCACCAACAUUUAAAAAACGUGAAAUAGCUUUUAAAAUCAGCGAGUCAGCAGUGAGUGGGGCGAAAUUUGUACUUGAAAAGGCUGUUGAUCUUGAUGUUGGAAUUAAUAGUGUACAUGGAUACGAAUUAAAACCAACAGACAAUUUUGCUCUAAAGCUUUUCAAUAACGCUGACGGUAAUAAAAAUGUUGAAAUGGUGUUACAGAAGCCCCUAGACAGAGAGAAACAAGAGCAAAUAUCUCUCGUGUUAACCGCUGUAGAUGGUGGAGAGCCGCAGAUGACAGGAACAAUGCUGGUUGUCAUCACAGUUUUAGAUGCUAAUGAUAAUGCUCCAGUUUUUACACAGCAAACAUACAAAGCUAAUGUUGCAGAAAAUUCACCAAAAGGAACAGUUGUUGCCACUGUUACAGCCUCAGAUGCUGAUCAAGGCUCUUAUGGUAAAAUUACAUACUCGAUUACAAAUGCAGUAGAUGAAGACAAAAACCUAUUUGAGAUCAAUAAUGAGAAUGGUGAAAUUACUUUAAUUGGAAUUAUUGAUUUUGAGGAGUCACAAAAAUAUCAAAUAAAUUUACUUGCUAGUGACGAGGGGGGUCUUACUGAUUCAUCCAAAUUAAUUGUUGAUGUUCAAGAUGUUAAUGAUAACAGGCCUGAGAUUAACAUAAUGUCAAAGUCUAAUGUGAUAUCAGAAAAUGCUCAACUCAAUACAGUUGUUACUAUGAUUAAUAUCGAAGACAAGGACUCGGGAGAAAAUGGGAAAGUGCAUUGUUAUGUGAGUGAAAAUAUUCCAUUUAUCUUAAAGUUCUCAACAAAUAAUUUCUUUAGCCUUAUUACAGACCGUGAACUAGACAGAGAGAAAAUUUCUGAAUAUAAUAUCACAGUGAGCUGUUCUGAUGAGGGAGUACCCUCCCUCUCCAGCAGCGUCACUCUCACAUUACAGAUCUCUGAUGUGAACGACAACGCACCUGUCUUUGAGAGGAGCUCAUAUGAGGCCUACAUUGUAGAAAACAACACUCCAGGUCUCUCUAUAUUUACAGUGAAAGCUACAGACGCUGACUGGAACCAGAAUGCCCGUGUUUCUUACAUACUGGAGGACUCCUCUGUUAACGGAGUGCCAGUCUCCUCAUAUGUGUCCGUUGGUGCUGAUAGUGGAGUUAUCCAUGCAGUGCGCUCUUUUGACUACGAGCAGAUCAAAGAUUUCCAGUUCCGCGUCAAAGCGCAGGAUGGAGGAUCUCCUCCACUCAGCAGCAACGUGACUGUGAAAAUACUGAUCCAGGACCAGAACGAUAACCCUCCUCAGGUUCUGUACCCCGUCCAGACUGGUGGCUCUGUGGUAGCUGAAAUGGUUCCUCGUUCAGCAGAUGUGGGUUAUCUGGUCACUAAAGUGGUGGCUGUUGAUGUGGACUCUGGACAGAAUGCCUGGCUCUCCUAUAAACUACAGAAAUCCACAGACAGGGCGCUGUUUGAAGUGGGCUUACAGAAUGGAGAAAUAAGAACUAUCCGCCAAGUGACUGAUAAAGAUGCUGUCAAACAAAGACUGACUGUUAUCGUGGAGGACAACGGACAGCCCUCUCGUUCAGCUACAGUCAUUGUUAACGUGGCGGUGGCGGACAGCUUCCCUGAAGUGUUGUCGGAGUUCACCGACUUCACACACGACAAGGAAUACAAUGACAACCUGACUUUUUACUUGGUGUUGGCUCUGGCUGUAGUUUCCUUCCUCUUCAUCACAUGUUUAGUUGUUAUUAUAUCAGUGAAAAUCUACAGAUGGAGACAGUCUCGCAUCCUGUACCACUCCAACCUCCCUGUGAUUCCAUAUUAUCCUCCACGUUACUCAGACACUAUGGGAACAGGAACUCUUCCACACGUGUAUAAUUACGACGUGUGCAGGACUACUGACUCCAGAAAGAGCGACUGUAAGUUUGGCAGAGCUGGUAGUCAGAACGUGCUGAUAAUGGAUCCCAGUUCUACAGGAACGAUGCAGCGGAUACAGAAUGAGAAGAGCAUCCUGGAUGACUCUCCUUUAGAGGUGAGCCCAUAUUUUCUGAUAAACUAA